UCGAAAUGGCGUCAAAACUAGUGUUCCUUGUCGCGCUAGCCGUGUUGUCGCAGGGUGUCAUCGCAGCACCUGCUCCCGAACCGUUGUUUGGUAUCGGUGACAUCAUUGGCGACGUCAUCGACACCGUUACUAAUAUUACAUCCGAUGUGAUCGAUGCAGGAGAGACAAUUAUCGGUGGCAUCGGUGACGCUGUCGAUGAUGUAAUCGGAGCUGGAGAAUCAAUUGUCGGUGGAAUCGUCAACGUUACAUCUGAUGCUCUCGACAACAUCCAGGAUGGUAUUCAGGAAGUGCAGUCUGGAGUUCAGAACCUGACCGGCGAGCUGACGUCGGAGGCGCUGGAGCAGGUGACGCAGCUGAUCGACGCCAUCCAGAACGACGUGCAGCUGCUGCUCAACAUCGCCAGCGGCGUCACCAACUCCACGCUGGACGAAGUGCGCCAGCUAGCCGACGAGGUGGUCACUCUGCUCAACGAGCUGCAGGCGGUCGCCGGCGAGAUCGGGUCCGGCGCUCUCGACGCCGUGGUCGCCACCGUCAAAGGGACGGUGGAGGGAGUGCUGGACCUGGUGAAGGGCCUGCUGCCCGCUGGCGACGACGGAAGCGGUGACGCCACCACUGCCGCUUCCGACAACGCGGCGUGAGGUCCAGCAGCUGCAAACGUGUCCAUAGCAACGGCCGCACUCCAUUGAUUUUCAGUCGCUCACUGUAUUCAUCGAUUAAAAGUUUUCAGCAAUCA